CGGAUGUGACGCAAACGCGCAAAGGACGUAACGUCUUUCAAGAUGGCAGCGCUGGCGUCCUUGAUGCUGAAGUCCAGAGCAGGCCUGCUGGUGCCCGCUCAGUGUGCUCUUCUGGACUCUGUGAGGUUCGCCUCUAAGAAGUCUGGCGGAAGCAGCAAGAACCUCGGAGGAAGGAGCGCCGGCCGAAGAUACGGCUUCAAGAAACAGGAUGGUAACUUUGUCCAUGCCGGUAACAUCCUUGCCACACAGAGGCUCCUGAGGUACCACCCAGGAGCUCACGUCGGCCUGGGAACCAACAACACGCUCUACGCUCUGGAGGACGGCCUUGUCAGGUUCACCAAGGAUGUCUACAUCCCGCACCCGCGCAGCCGCGAGUCCACCAAGGUCAUCACCAAGCUGCCGAAAGGAGCCAUUAUCUACAAGACCUUCAUCAACGUCCUGCCAGUCAAACAGGAGGGCAAGUUUAAACUGGUGGACAUGGUCUAAAACUAACAGGACUAGACCUGGAGCUCAUUAUUUCCCAGGUAUUAUUGCAGUGGUCCAGGACAAAGACGGACUGGCUGACAUUUUGGCUCGCGGUCUGGAAAUCAGUCAGUGAAAUCUCCUCAGCUCCCUGUCUCUGAGUUCCAUAAUGAUGUGACACUCUGUAUUGGACACAUGAACCGGUUAGAAGUGUGUAACUAUGUGCUGGUGUCAUUCAUUAAAGUUAAUGUUCUCUGACGUCCUUCAUGUUCACCCAGGACUUCCCACCUUAAGGAACUGAGGUGCCAUUGCCGCAAUACUGAAUAUGUACAUUAUUUACUGUAUUAAAGUUUUAUAUGUAAAAGUCUCA